UAUUUGUAGUAUUCUCAAUGGAUUCGAAGUGCAAUUCCAUUUUAAGCAGUUUAACAGUUCGAGUGGAUUUGACAAACCAGCCGACCGCUUACCGCAAGCACGCGACUCAGUGACUCACGCACGCGCCUUCCCCCCCACGAGUCCCCGUGACUACGUUUCCGGCCGCGGAAUCGACGUCAUAUCCGCACACGCUGUCUUUCGGGGGCGUGCGCGUCCUUUUCCAGCCUGUCCCACUCGCUCCCUCGCCGUAGCGCGCGCGCGGUUUUGCGCAGGCGCAUUGCUCGCUCCCACUCCGCUGUGUUGUGCCGUGCCCGCAGCUGUUCGGCUACUUGGACUGCGAGGGCAGCGACGACGCGGUGUUUUUUUUUUUCGGGGGGUCUUUUCUUUCAGUAUCAGUGUGGACUGUUUCCCCGCCCCCUUACGUGUUUGUUUUUUUUUGUUUUUCAUUUUACGCCUCUUCUCCUUUUCUGUUUGCUGAUGUGAAAUGCUGCUUAAACAGCUGCAUUGUGGCGCCCGGUCGGUGAUGUAAUUCCGCAGCGCCGUUUGCCUUCCCGUCCAGGAGUCCCAGUGCGAGGGGGCCAGGUGGUCGUCAUCCGCAGCCAGGUACCGAUCACCUUGACAGGGGCAGUGACGGCUGUGCGGGAUUGCUGACGGAGGCCGCGUCUGCAGCUGCAGGCCCCUCUGCCUCCAUUAGAUAUGGGAAUCCUGUUCACGAAGCUCUGGAGGCUGUUCAACCAUCAAGAGCACAAAGUUAUCGUCGUGGGUCUGGAUAAUGCUGGGAAAACCACAAUUCUGUAUCAGUUUUCCAUGAAUGAAGUUGUGCACACGUCCCCCACAAUCGGCAGCAAUGUAGAAGAAAUCGUCGUUAACAAUACGCAUUUCCUCAUGUGGGACAUUGGCGGGCAGGAGUCCCUGCGAUCGUCUUGGAAUACGUACUACACGAACACGGAGUUUGUAAUCAUCGUCGUGGACAGUACGGACCGAGAGAGGAUUUCAGUGACCAGAGAAGAAUUGUAUAAAAUGCUGGCACAUGAGGACCUGAAGAAAGCGGGACUGCUAAUCUUUGCAAACAAGCAAGAUGUCAAAGGGUGCAUGUCAGUAGCUGAGAUCUCCCAGUACUUGAAGCUGACCUCCAUUAAAGACCACCAGUGGCACAUACAGGCCUGCUGCGCCCUAACUGGCGAGGGGCUUUGCCAAGGACUCGAGUGGAUGAUGUCACGACUUCGCCUUAGAUGACCCCUGCUGACCCUUUGGACUGAGUUUUGUUUUUUUGUUUUUCAUUUUUUUCUUUGAUUUUUUUCAUUUUUAAUAACGAGCUCUCUGGCUUGUGCGUCUGAACGCUCGUCUGAGCCCCGCUGGACUCGGUGAUUAUUUAUUGAAUCGGCCACGACUCUCGCACACUGGCGGCUCAGGGUGGGCCGAUAGUAUUUGGGGGCACUGAAGAGGGUGUGGCGUCGACCCCGGUGACCUGUUGACAGUAUUUAGCGGUGACAUUGCCGUUGUAGUAAAACCGAAGCGACGCCCGCCAGGGGGGCCCGUUGAUGGUGGACAUUUGGGUUUGGAUUUAAACAGAUGAACUCCUUAAUAGUCAGGGGUCCACGUCGGCUUCACGGAGUGCCAGUCCUUCGUGUUAACCAGAAGGGAAGCCAUUGGAUUUGCAAGUGUGGCGGCGCCCGGACACGAGUUACCCGUGAAAUGUUCCAUCGAUUCCGCUGGUGUGCCGUGGUGUUCCACUGUUUGAAAACUCCAAGGAAGGCGUCUCUCAUCUUCUGCAGAAUUGCGUACAAAUGAACUGCUGCCCCCCAGCCAUGGCAGUGCACGAGGUGCCGACUACGCUUGGUCAUCUGAGGAAGCUUUAGGGCGCCCUCCAGAGGUGUAAGCCGAGGUGAAUCAUGGUUGCUCUUUUCUCUGGUCCUCUGUGGGGUCCUCAGCAUGGACGCUGGGCCGCUGUCCCCUUAACGAUGAAUGACAGGGAGGAACGGGAGAGUCGCCAGAGUGGCUUUCAUUUCCAACAGAUGGCGGCACCCGCUUUUGGUUUUAGUUCUGCACACUUUCUGUCUGUGAAUGUCAGAGACCACGACGACGAGACGCGGCCCGGUGCCGGUUUGAUCACAAGAUGGUGGUCCCUCAUGCGGUUAGUUACUGUCACUGAAGCUCUGGUGUGGGGUGUGGGGUCUGGCGCGUCCCCUCUCAUGCCGAGCCGUUCUGCGUGGGCUCCUCUGUCCUCCACAAGAGAAUCAUGUAAGCUGUUUGUCCAGUAAAGACCCUGCUGAAGCCCCCCUUCUUUACACAGAAGAAAGAUUUGAUCGGCGCAGCCUGUGCUUUGCUUCUCCUUUCUUUUUUUUUUUUUGGUUUGUCCCUUUGAGUGACGAUGACAGUUGUGACAGGCACCACUUAUGACGUGUGACGCUCUUCUUUUACAUUUUUUUUUUUUUUUUGGGUGGGGUCUCCACGUCACUUCAUGGAGUCUUCUGUUUUUAGCUGUUUGACGCCCGAGCACCAGCCAUUUCUACGAGCCUGUUGAGAGUGGGCGUGGGUGGGCAAGUCGGACACUAAGCUGGUGGGUUUCCUGGCUGAAGACCAUGGAGCGAGUCCUCCGUCCUCAGUCGCUUUGUGGGCCUGCUGCUAAACAUUUUGACAUUUUCCAGACUCCCAAAUGAAUCUCCUUCUGUUACAAGCCAAGUCGGGGGGGAUUGGGGGGCACUGCAGGUUUGUCUGUGCUGGCAACGACCUCGGAGGGUCACCCGUCCCAGCCCAGCAGUAUUGGUGGCUGAUCAUGUCGGCGGGCGGGGGUCCCAAACUGUCCCAGGACGUCUCUCUUGUAAAUAUCCCGGAAUUCUCAAAGACAGACGCGUCCUUUUUUUCUUUUUGAGACUCGGCUCGAGCCCACUUUCGGUUGCGUGUUUUUGCCCACGACGUGCAUUGACACGAAGCGACAGUAUUAGACACGGGGUA